AUGGUAUUCAGUAUCGUCUCCAUCCACAGCUGGAUCUGUGGCUUUCUGGUUACAACCAUACUUGCUCAAUGGGCAGACCCCGGCCUCACUCAGGUUGCCUUAGGCGCAAACAACGCAUGCGAAACUGCCAGUGUGCAACAUCCUAAGCUUGAUGGCAUUCAAAUCGUUUCACUUACUGCGGCUGAACAACUGAACUUCACGUACAAUCCUCACCCAAGAUUUCGGUUUGGUCGGGCGAUUCAUGGCCUAAACUUUUGUAAUAUCACAGUGAUCUACACCCAUCCCGGCUGGAACGAUGAGAUCGAGGUUACCACUUUUCUUCCGAUGGAAAAUUGGAACGGGAGAUUUCAGGGAAACGGAGGCGGCGGAUGGGUCACGGGGGGAAUCGAAGUGGGCGGGAUUACGAUGAUGCCUUCUUUGGAGGUAGGAUUCGCCGUCAGCACAACUGAUGGUGGCCACUCGAGUAAACUUGACGACGCAUCAGGUGAUGUUAUGUCCUGGGCUUUCACCAGUCCUGGAAACAUCAAUUGGCCACUUUUCCUCGACUUUUCGCAUGUCGCCUUACACGAUAUGGCCACGAUCGGAAAAACCUUGACGGAGGCUUUCUACAGCACUCCUCCCAAGUACUCGUACUUUUAUGGCGGUUCAACCGGCGGAAGACAGGCUUACAUGCUAGCCCAGCGCUAUCCAAACGAUUUUGAUGGGAUUCUGGGCUUCUGUCCUGCCAUAAACUGGGACAAGUUCCAAUGGUCUCCUCUGUGGGCUCAUAGAGUCAUGGAUGAGAAGGGCGUCUACCCUCGGCCUUGCGAGUUCGAAGCCAUCACUGCUGCGGCUAUGAAAUCGUGCGACGGGCUUGAUGGCGUCGAGGAUGGAAUCAUUUCCAUGCCCUCUCGGUGCUUCUUCAAUGCCAGUACUCUCGUCGGCCAAGCGUUUGACUGCGGAGGGAAAGACGCGUCGUUCACUCCCGAAGCAGCAGAGGCGGCGAAUGCUGCUUGGAUUGGGCCACGAAGCGUGACCGGAGAGUUUCAAUGGUACGGAUAUGGGAGAGAUGCGAAAAUGUGGCAGUUUGGUGCUCUCCAUACGUCGUGUGAUGGCGAAGGGGAGAAAUGCACGCCGGUUAGGUUGUCCAUCGCCGAGUCGUACGCACAAUACUUUGUGGCCAAAAACGCCAACCUUGACCUUCAAGCCCUUGGUCACAGCCAAUGGGAUGAUCUUUUCGUCGCGUCACGGAACGAGUACGAAUCAAUCACCGGCACUUCCGACCCCGACUUGAGCAGGUUUCGCAAGGCUGGAGGGAAGCUACUCAGCUGGCAUGGGACGGCGGACCAGAUUAUCCCAGUCAACGGUACCGUCGAUUACACAGACAGAGUCCUCGAGAAGGAUCCUAAUGCCCACGAAUACUUUCGCAUGUUCCUCGCUCUUGGCGCUGAUCAUAGUAUCUCAAACGGUCUUGCUCCGCGGAACACACUGUCCGCGCUGAUCGAUUGGGUUGAAAAGGGAAUUCCACCGGUCACACUGCGGGUUGAGGGGCUCAACGCUUAUGGCAAGCACAUGACGAGAGACAUCUGCAUGUACCCGCAAGUUCAGCACUAUGUUGGUGGCGAUCCAGCAUUGCCGUCAUCAUUUACUUGCGUCUGA